AUUAUGCUUUCCCUAACAUGACAUCAAGUAGUCCAAAAGGAAGCCUUUAAUUGUUGAGAAAGGUGACUUAACCUCCUCAUCUUUCUUCUCCUCAAGUUUUCCAUCCUCAUUCUUCCUCAAAUUCGACCUUAAAAACCGCCAUUCUUUCUAAAUCCAUCCAACACACAACCCUCACACGCGUGCAUGCGCAUGCACAUACACAUAUAUAAUAUAAAUCAUUAGCCUACAAAAGUUUCCUAUAUACGUAGAUCAUUAUCGUUAUAUACGUUGGGGCUAACACCAACAAGUAGCAAAUCUUUGGACGUGAUGGACGGACAGAUAUGCUGCAUGGUGAUGAGGGUUAACCUUGAUUGCAACUCAUGUUGUAGAAAAAUGAGGAGAAAUAUCUUAAACAUGAAAGAGAAGCACUUGAUAGAAAAGCAACAAAAUCGGGUCAGCGUGUGUGGGAGGUUUAAACCGGCAGAUGUUGCCAUCAAGUUAAGGAAAAAGAUGAACCGUCGAGUUGAAAUUCUUGAAAUUGAAGAGUUGCCGGUCCAUUAUGAAGCAGAACAAGAAGCUCCAAUUGUAAAUCACUACAAAUAUUAUUAAAACAUUAAGCUCUCAUAAUAUAAAUUAUAAGACUGUGUGUGUAACUGUGUAUAUACAUCAUGUAAAUAAUGUUUCAAGUUUUCGUCCUCAGUGUGAUUUCAUGGUUUCAAGGCUAUCUAUACAACUAAACAUCAUUAUACAUA